UACGUACUUUAGAUAUUUCAUUUCCUUUGAGUCCUAUAAAUAGGUUUGUUUGUGUGUUUUCUUCAUUGAGGAAAGAUAGCACUUUUUCAAGUCAUAUUUCUGCUUUCCUUUGCAAUGAAGAAAAUAGAGUUGAAGGUCAACAUUCACUGCCAAAGGUGCAGUACAGAGGUAUUGCAGUCUGCUACUAAACUAACAGGAAUUGAUCACAUAUCCGUGGAUGGUGAGAAGGGCAUUGUGACAGUAAUUGGAGAUGUUGAUCCAGUGUUAGUCACAAGCCAAGUCAGGAAGACAGGAAAGAUAGUACAAAUCAUUAGUGUUAGUCCACAUAGGCCUCCAGAGAAAAAGCCUUCUGAUGAAAAGAAGAAGUAAUUAUUUCUUGUUCUUGGACAUGGCCCAAUAGCUCGUUAGAGCCACACGUUUGUAUGAAUUUUAUAUACGUUUUGCAUGAAAUCUACAAAUUUAUGUGGUGGUGCUCA